AUGGAGGCCCUUAAGCCUUCCGAGGGUGUCACACCACCACUGCGUCGGAAGUUCAACCUGCGGCGUCCAUGGUGCCUGGCAGGGCUGAUCACCGCAAUCCUAGUGGUUAUUAUUGUAAUUGUGGUCCCUCUGGCGGUGAUCCUUCCAAAGAAGAAUGCACACAAGGGAAAAGCAUCUAAAGUGCUCUACCCUGUGUAUGUCUAUCCCACGACCAACACCACUUGGGAUCCUUUAUAUGAAGCAAUUUCGACAUAUCCCGAAGUUGACUUUGUGAUCAUCGUCAACCCUUCGAGUGGACCUGGGGCCUCCACCCCAGACACUCAGUAUGCGACCGCGGUUCGUCGACUGGAUACUUAUUCCAAUGUGCAAAAGGUGGGAUAUAUCCCUACCAACUAUGCCAACCGCAACAUCACCGAUGUCUUGGAUGAUGUGGCCAGUUAUGCCAAUUGGACCGCAACCUCGACAGCUCUGGGAAUGGAUGGUAUUUUCUUUGAUGAAAUCCCCUAUGAUUGGAACUCCACCAAAGCCGAGUACCUGAGCCAAAUCAACGCAGCGGUUAAGAGUUCCAGUGGUAUCCAAUCGCCACACUUGAUUAUCCACAACCCAGGCACAAUCCCGGACUCCCAAUACGACGAUGACACCACGGACAUUACGGUCGUCUUUGAGCAAUCUUAUGAUUACUAUCUAACCCAGGAGAAAGUACUUGCCGAGGACCUAAGUGCCUCAAAUCGCGGCAACUACUCUUACAUGCUCCAUUCGGUCCCCACCAUGACCAACCACAGCCUCAAGAACUUUGUGGAUGAUCUCAGCCAUCGCGCCGCUUAUCUGUUCCUGACUACCUUAACUUCCAACUACUAUGAGCAGUUUGGGUCUGAGUUGGACCAAUUCCUCAGUGUUGUCCCCACCAAGAACUGA